GGAAGGUGGGUUGGUUUCUGUACAAUUAGAAUUGAAACCAUUAAAUUCUGAUAUAAUUGUGAAAUCGGUCGAAUAUGGGUUAAAAGAACUUGUACAUUAUCAUAAAUCUGGAGCUGAUGAUGGAGUACAUGAUAUUACUGCAACAAUAAAAGAGGAUAGAUUUCCUCUUGGAAAAAAAUCAAUUACUUUAAAUAAUUCGACUCCUCAAAAUAAUUCUGAUCCGAUUCAAAUUGAUCUUAGAUUAUGUCCAAGAGUAAAUUGUGAUAUUGGUAGUUUAUUAAUUAAUGUUUCUCAUCAACUUUCUUUCUUUAUUGAAAUUGAAAUUUCUGAACACGUUUCUAUUGAAGUUAAUAAUAAUUACAUUGAUCAAUACAUUAAUAGAUUUAGACUUUCUACUGCUUCUUGUCUUUCUAAUGUUUCCUCUUAUACUGACUCUGAGAUUAGAAAUUCUUAUUCAUUGAAUGGACCUAGGACACAAUCUUUACCGGCACCAUCUAUACAACCUCUUUCACGUUCAGCUCCAUCAAAUCAUGAUUUUA